AUUGACCAGUUGAUACCAUCUCAGAUCGAGUUCCACUUUUCAGGUGUGCGCUCUGUGGCUAUCGGCCAGCGGGAAGGUAGUGGGCAAAGGGAAGUCGUGAUGGCUCUCAGAGUCCCAGCCCACGUUGAGAAUGUCAUGGCCUCCAACAAGAGCCAGGAGACAGAGCUGAGUGAUUUGUCCCUCGGAAAGAAAAAGAAGAAGGAGAAGAAAGUGCCAGGUACCGAGGGCAGUUGGAGAGCAGUUGAAGUAGCAGGAAGAGGCCGUGGGCGAGAAGCAGGGAAAGAGGCGGAGAAGGCGGAGGAAGUAGGUACCUUACCUGAGGGAAGGUAA